UCCGUUCGAACGCGAUAAGUGUAUGCAGCUAGAGUUGUCUCGCAUACAGUAAUAUCGAACUGCGAAAAAAGAGGCAACCAUUUUUCUCCGUCGAUAUCGAGUACGCGAGAUUGUGCAGAUUUUCCGUUUUUCAUCGCUACCGUCGCGGGUGUCGUCGCCGCGGAAUAGUUCUAUCCGUUCGGGAACAGUGGUUUAUUGGGAAUAUCUUCACAGUGGCGGGAAUACAGGGCGCAAGGGUUGGAUUUAAACUAUUCUACAAUUUGCUAGUGGGCCGGACGCGAAGGGUGCGCGUUUCUCUUGGUCAAAAUAGCAGAAAGCACCACUGGGAGUAAAAAGUGAAUUGUGAUGUUUUUUAUUCGUUUUGUCUUCCGGAUACGACUGUUUUCGGGUGAUAGAGUACCUGCCGUUCGAUUAGCUUGGACCGAGCAAACUACAAAACCAACGGCUCUUGGAACGGAAUUGGAUAAUUUGGCCUUGACUCCGAUCAGUUAAACGCCAUACUGGAGGGAUCUGGAUUAAAAGGAUAUCGUAAGAAUCUUGUCCAUCACUACAUACAAACACCAGGGAAUCGUGGAGCUCAGAUAUUCUCGGUGUACAACCACGCGGGAAGCAGACAGACGACGAUAACUCCGUUAGGACUCAAAGGGCAUGUUUUCCACUUUCAUUGGCCUAAUUGAUAUUCAAUCAUGGUGGGAGGUGCCCUGCAUUGCACACUUCUGUUCGCUGUUUAGUAGCUCUUUUCAGUUGCCGGAUUUUGAUAUAGAGGACCUCGAGGAAGCCCUAUUGACCGAUGCCGACGUUGAGAGUGAGGUUGAUCUAAAAGUCUACAACGCACGUCUAUUAUCGGAUCUUAUCGUUGCACUGUUGAAGGGUUGUGAUGCACUCAGCCAGAUCGUAGCACACAUCAGUCCGAGUAAUUAUCAGAUGUUCCUGAGGAGACUAUUUCGCCAGAAAUGUCAGGAGUAUAACAUUGACAACCCGUUCAAUACUGAUACCGAUUUUGAGAAACUACCAUUGCGUACUAAGAUUCUCAUUUUGAAAUAUCUAUGCGAUUUUCGGUUAGACUCGGCCGACGUAUACAACAGUUUCGCUAAUCUCGAAGCCGAUAGCCUACGAGUGGAACCACUGGGCUACGACAGCAAGGGCUCCGCCUAUUGGUAUUUUUUUGGCACCAGAUUGUACCGAGAGGAUUACGAAACAAUCUCCGGAAAAGGCAACAAAUCGUCGAAACGAUCGGUUUGGCAAGUUAUUUGCUUCAUCGAGGAAGACUGGCGUAACUUAGCCGGUAAGUUCCAGCGCUCCAAGAACGAGAACGAACGUGCUUUGCUGCAGCAGCUGGAGGAAAAUUUUCUACCAAACAUUCCAAAGAUCUUUCGCGACAAAGAACGCGAGCGACGAAACAAACUUCUCGAGCGUCGUACUUCUUCGCGCAUAAAGCUCUACGAAGAACGUCGUUUAGCUGAUCUCUAUCGUCAACAAGAAAUCGAGCAAGCGCAGAAGUCUCUACAGAGAGCAAAUCGGCCGCCACCAAGGUCCGAUACACCACCCUCCAAAGCUAGUAUAUCCGAAGAGAGAGCCAAACGUGCCGAACGACGAUCACGUUCGAACUCGGUCACAAGUAUAGUAUCAAUUUACGCAAGCUCGCCAGAACCUCUCACCAGUGAUCUUAUCAUUCAGCCAAAAGAAACCGAAUCCCCAAUCCUAAAUACUACUUCUAGCAAGCAUUCAUACACAAAACUUUCGAUCGCAACAGCUAAUCUCCAUUCCCCUGCUUCCCCAUCCUCUGAAUUAGGCUCUGAGCAAACCGUAAGCGCAGACCUUCUAGUGGGAUCUGACAGUUCCAAACGAGAUCCACAAGAAGAAGUGAACGAAGAAGAAGCAAACGCAAGUGUAUUCGGACAAUUAAUAAACAAUAGUUGCACUGAGAUUAUUGGCUCUAGUGCGAGUGUAGCUAGCAGUGAAAGCAGCAGCAGCGGUGUUAGUAGUCGCAACCGGGGAAAAUCUCCUACAUCGCCGUUGAAGGACGAACUUUUGUCGCCGCCUUCUACACCUCCGCCGCCAAUUACAGGAAAGGCCAAACCGAAGCGACCUUACAAGUCAAUUAGUGCCGAAAUCGAGCGCCUAUUGCAGUACAACCUCAAUAUGGCUCCGACGACGACCAAACUGCCCGGACGGCAGACCAACAACAGUCUUUCGUCAAUAACCGGUCCGGUGAUUUUACCAUUCGCCGACACACCGCCAAAAACUUCCAGCAGUACUGCGGGCAGCAAAAGUGGCGACUCGAGUGCUGCCGCUGGUGGCGGUGGGGCAGCGAGCAGCGGUGGUCGCAAAAAGAAAAGCAAAGCCGCGCAAGUUUUCACUACAUCUUCCACUCUGAUUUCGUCGUUUAGUUUUACCGAAACCGAAGAAGUGCUACAAAUUGGCAUGCAUAAGGUACUCGAGUAUAUCAAAAACCACGACGAUGCGUGGCCAUUCAUGGAUCCAGUGGAAGAGGAUAUUGCCCCGCGCUACUAUUCCAUUAUCAGGAGGCCAAUGGACCUGCAGAAGAUGGAGGAGAAAUUGGACAACGGGGAAUACUCAUCGUUUGGUGAUUUUCGCAACGAUUUCAGGUUGAUCGUUAACAACUGUCGAUUGUACAACGGACAAGCGAAUGAAUACACCGAGAUGGUCAACAACCUGCAGCUUGCUUUCGAGAAAGCGACCAAAAAAUAUUUCGACUCAAACUCGUCGGAUGAGGAGCCAACGUUGGAGUAUCCCUUAUUUAAGGAGAAACCAUUUGCGGCGGGUAACAGUGGAAGUGGUGCCGGGAAGAGCAAUGAAUCUACCAGUAGUAGUACCAGUGGGAAUCAUAACAAUAAUAACAAUAACAGUAAAUCUUCCAAAGAGACCAAAAGUAGCAAAAGUGGUGGGGGUAAGAAAAAUAGUAACAGUGGUAAAAACAGCAGUAACACAAAAAACAGUAAAACUGUUAGUGAAGAGCAAAUCAAAAUUUCAACACACGGUGAUGGCAAGAAGAAAGAAGAAAGUAUUAAGGACAUAAAGAAAGAUGAAAGUGAAACCAGUGAAAAUAAUGCCGGAAGAAAACAAGCUGGAAACAGCGGGAGUAGUGCAAAGAAAACAAAACCUACAGAACAACCCGAUGCGAAGAACAGUGCAAGUGAAAACAAAGGUUCAAAUGCAAAAGGAUUGAAGCGUAAGCGAAAAGAGAAAGAUAAAAGCAGUAAAGUGAAAACGAAAAAAUUCAUGCCUAGCGAAAGUGGCGAAGAGGAGAAUGAAAAUGAAAAGGACCAAGAAACCGAAAAAGUGAUUCCAAAUGCAAAAGGAAUUCGAGAUGCAGAAAAAACGAAAUAUCGAUCUCCAACCCCUGAACGCCAAGAAAUGAAAAAGAAGUCCUCAUCGAAAUCAAAACGAAAGGAACAAAAAGGCAAAGAUAAAGGAAAGACGAGAAGGUCUGAAAAGGAAGAAAAACAAGCUACUAGUAGUUCCAGUAAACGUGAUUCGGUUCGAAAAGAUCGUCGGUCACGUUCCCGAUCUCGAUCCGAUGCUGAGUUCAGAUCAGUAUCCCCAGUCUCCAAGCGAAUCAGUCCACUUCCGGGGACCUUUCUGACCCCAAAGAAAGUCGAUAAACGUAGGGAAACAUCGACACCAAAGCAGAAACAUAGUAAAAAAAGUAGGAAAGAAGAAGAACACUCCUCCGAUCAGGAUGAUAUCAAAAACAAGGCAGACAAAACAGUUGACACGACAUUUAGCACAGCUUCCCCAUCACCAGUGGAAAACAAAAGGAAAAACAAAAACCAAACAACAAAGAAGCCGGUCCAUAGCAUCAGCGAAGAAUAUUCCGAUAAACAGCCUGAAGCAGAGGAACGCUACAAUCUGAGCACUGAUGCUGAUAUUGAAAAAGAACCGAUGCCAGACAAGAAAAACGAUUAUUUCUCAGAAGACAGCGUUCAAGAUCAACCAGCCACAGAAAAAGAAACCAAAAGAGGAAAAAAGAACAGGAAAAGCAGCCAAAAAUGUGGAAAAAUAAAAGAGAAAAGCAUAAAUGAAGAAAAGCCUAAGAAAUUCAAACAGAAGGGGAAGAAUGGAAAAAGCAAAAAAUCCAAAAGCAGGAGCUUCGAAUCAUCCUCGAUGGUUUCCCAUAGUAAUGAAGAUGAACUGAAUGACUCGCUAGAAGAUGAGAAGAAUAAAAAAGCUGCAGCAGAGAAAGAGAUUAUAAGUGCCUCAAAAAAACAACCGAAGGAUUUUUCCAAAUACACAACCCUCCCCAGGGAUAGAAGUGCGUCUAGAAGUUUUUCAAGAUCUCCCAGUCCGCUGCCUUCAAUCAGGGAUGAUUAUUCUUCGUUUUCAGAUCAUUCAAUGGAAUUCGAUGAAGCUGAUAUGGGAAGCGAAAGACACCCGGCAAAACAACUUCCUGCCCGACCAAUUACACCAGAUAUUGUUGACAAAUAUGACCUUAUUAAACAACGGAGACGCAAUCAGGCCGCAGCUGCGCUGUCAGCUUCAACUCCAGUAGCUACUAAUGACAAAGCUGCAAAGGCCAAAAAUCAUAAAACUCAAGAGAGUUCGAGUCGAAAGAAACAAAAAACCGAUCAACCGCUAAAUAGCAGUCCAAGUGCCUCCUCAAUUCUGCCACUUACAAAUAAAACAAAACCGAAGGUAGAUGGGGAACAACCCAUUAAAGCUAAAGAAACUGCUAUCAAAAAUAAAAAGAAACGAGAUCAUUCUCCUGCUGUCGGUCCUCGCUCUCAUGAUUCAGUGAAUCCGGUACCUAAAUGGACAGCCGAAUCGGACCACCGUCCUCCGUUAGUUGAGAAACCACGGCUUUCGUAUAAGGAUGAAAAAGUCGAAAAGCAGCGAGAACCGGAGAAAAAAUCAGAUCCAUGCGAUGAGUAUGAUUUCGUGGACGAUUCUCCAGUGGAAACCAUUGCUCCGAAACAAGUGACACCCAUUGCUUCACCAGUCGAGAAAAUCCAGAAACCUUCCAAAAAUAAAAUAGAUUCCAGCAGCAGCAAAAAACCCGCUAAAACUCCCAUUAGCAGCUCUUCGCGUCCAUUAACUAUUGGUAGUACCAAUAAACAGCCUAAACAAUCCGGAGCCAACAUGGAAGCGCUGGAACUUGAAACUGAACAAACCUUGAAGGAUAUCAACAAAUGGUUGGAAAAUACCCCUCGAUUUUCCGAAUACAGCUCUGCCAGCAACUCUCCCUCUCGGUACAUCAUGGACGAUCUGGACGCAGUAACAGCUAAAAUUGAUGCGGCUGAUUUUCGCAAACCAAUACCACUUUCACAGCUCCCAGAGGAACCAGACAAACCAUUAAUUCCGUCACCUCAGCUGUCAAUUGGCCCACCACCAUUGGCGGCGCUUUCAACGAGCUCCGUUCCAAGUGUCAUGUCGCCCAAACGGAACACACCUCCAAUUCACGCUGCUGCUACUGCAUUGAAAGAGCCCUCUAAACCUAAACUCCCAAAGGACCAACCACCUCAGGACGGCGUUAAUCCAAUUAAAGAAACUAUUGCCAAUCAACCCGCUGCUUUAACAAAACCUCAACAACAGCAAAUUCCCCAGUCAACCCAGCCAGGACAACUACAAACUCUUCCAGCUCCGACUUCAAAUGAAAGGCCGUUGCUGGGCCCACCACCUAUCAUUCCUCCCCAUUCGCAGAAAAAGGAACCAAAGGAACCGAAACGAAAAAGUCUUAAAGAAAAGUUAAGUCAACUGGGUUCCCGAAAGCGGGAAACUGUUCAGCAUCACCGCACAACCAUAGAUCGUUUACAGCCGGGUAAAUCCAAGGGCAAUCUAAUUAGCUCAAUUCAAAACCUCAACAAACCUGAGGAGUUGUUUCCGUUGGGUGGAGGUAGCGGUGUUGCCACUGGCGCUAGCGUUGGCCUUGCCGGAACGAAGCUGAAGGAGGUUAAAAAUUCUUUAAUCGUCAAAACGGAUGAAUCGAAGCCAAAGUUAAGUUUGGGAACAGUACUAAACACAGCAGAAGGUUUCGGUUUGGGGCAACAGCAUGAGUUCGCGGAUGAAAAGAAAGAAAAUGUCGAAACGGUGGAUAAUGCUGUUAGAGAUAUUGACAAACCAUUGGAUUCGUUGAACAGCACUAAAGUUGAUUCGAUCAACAGUCAGACAAAUAAGCUGUUGAUUCAUGAUGAUUUAAAAGCUGCCAAAGCAGAACUCGCUAAGACUGAUCCGGCAAAAAUUAUGGAAUCUCCAGAAAAGGUAAUAAAAGCGGUGACAAAAAGCGACAAGCCAUCAGCAACACCAAAUUUGAGUGCUUGGUUCAAGGCUUUUGGUGGGGCACCGAAGAAACACAAAAAAGCGGAGGAUGGCGAAGAAGCAGCAAGUAAAAGCUCUCCGAAUGAAGGGACGAAAAGUAGUGACAAUACAUCGCCAUCAGAUGUUCCGCUAGUUCCCAGCUUGGAGAGUCCUAGCUAUCCUUCCUUACCUGCUCCUAGACAAAGGAAAGCGAGUACGGGAAGCACCGUGUCAGAAAGAUCUUCUUACAGUCAGGAUCCGGAUAGUCCGCGAAUUGGAAUUGAUGAAAGAAUUGGAGUAUAUCCAGCUCCUUACCCAAGUCCUAUGGGCGCAUCACCCGUUAUGACUUCACCAAAGCUGGAUGAUACGCAGAAAAGUCCGUACCCAAUGAAUGGUGCAAUCAAAGUUGGAUUCUAUCAAGACACUACAACCAAGAGCAGUCCCGAAAAGAGUUGCAGCCCGAGAGAUUUGCCUUCGCCGUAUCCACAAUACUCACAGCAUUUAUACACGGCUAAUUCUGGCAUGGCCGCAAAUAGUGUGUACGGGAACUACUCGUAUGGAACGAAUGGUGGGGUGCCUGUGACCGCAACUACCAAUUCUGUGGAUACCUUCAAGAGCUAUGAUCAGUACAAACAACCUGCUUCCCAAGAAUCGGAUUAUAAUUCAUCGAUGAGCCCCAGUACAAAUCCAAACUCCCCAUACCAUAAUCAACAAUCGUCGCCUUACCAACAACAACCUAAUUCUCCGUAUCAACAACAAAAUCCAACCUACAAUCAGCAACAACCUAUACCAUCCCCGGCUUCGUCGGGUCCGCUAUCGCCAUACAGCAACAACUCUCUCGCGGCAUCAGUACAACAAAGUCCAGCUCAGUCAGUGAGUGGCCAUUCACCUUUCAAUCCUUCGCCAACGUCGCCUUAUCAAACGCCUCAACACCAGUCUCAGAGUCAGCAACCACCGCCACCACCACAAAAGCCUAACCAACCACAACAACAACAACCAGCGCAGCAUUCAUCUAAACCAAAUACGCCUAUUCAUCAGAGUCCCAACUCACCAUUCUCUCAAUCAAAUCACAGUUCACCGUAUUCGCAGCAGGAUCCCAAUUCGCCUUAUUCCCAAGGCCAGCUGUCUCCAUUCCAGCCGAUGUCGCCGAAAACUUCACAGAUUCCCAGCAUACCUCAGGGAACUACUAACAAUAGUUUGAAGCUGGCCCCGCCAAUUAUUACGCCUCAACAGGCUGCAGCAGCCGCUGGAGUAACGCUACCGGAGUCACCUGUAAAUAAUUUAUCCCAGCAACAGACCUCACCUCAACAUCAGCAACAACAACAACAACAGCCACAACAUUCUACCGAAACUCCUGGAUCUCAGCUGCCUCUUCAGCAACCUCAGCUUCCUAACCAGAUCAAUACUCAACAAAACACUUGGAAUCAACAGCCGCAAUCGAGCUAUAAUCAAUACGCUGAUAGCUCUGCUUUAAAUAUGGGGACAAGUUUGCCGGCACCUGCCCACAUGCAUCAUCACCAUCAACAGCAGCAGCAGCAGUCACAAUCCCAAACUCGACAGCAGCAGAAACCACAACCAGCACAUCACAAUGUACAACAGAUGCCGCCUUCUGCUGCCCAUCUGCUUUCGUCUCAGCAGCAGCAACAACAACAACCACCACAGCAAACACCACCUUGUGUGCAGCAGCAAAAUUUUAACAACCUCACACCGGCCCAUACGCAACCAAGCGGUGGCCAACAACAGCACAGUCAUCUAAGCACUCUGCUGAGCAGUAAUAGUCCGUACACAUCGAAUUACGGUCGACAAGCGUACGAAUCAACUGCACAAAGUCAGCCACAACAGCAAGAUGCUAACAGCAGCGUCAAGAAUCAGACAGCCAAAGUACCUGAGCUAAUUAAUCUAGGCUACAACAGCGGGGGCAGUAACGAGGUCAGUAACAAGGUUCAACCACAACAUCAGGAAGUCCCAAUGAACAUGGGCGCUAAACCAGCCGAUAACACCAAAGAGAAAGAAAUGGCCAAACAACAGCAAAUGUUCGAACUUAUGGGAGCUAUGGGUUAUGGGAGCCCGAUGGACAUAUCAAUCAGCAAAAGCAAGGCAUUCGAUAUGUUCAACCGAGCGGCGACAAUGACAUUCCCUAGAGGUUUUCCUUCGGCAAGUGGUCAAGCCCAGAUACAGCCGCAACAGCAACAAGAUGCUGCCAAAAUGUCCUAUGGUGGAUCCGGUAGUUCUGCCACCUACGAUCAGAUGCAAACGAAUACUAAUAAAGCACACGACAUGAGCGGAAGUCAUGUAUACGGAAUGCCUCAUCAGCAGUCUCAGCAAACAAAAGCAAACCAAAAUGACAUGCUCUCGGCUGGAAAUCUUCGCGGAAAUUCGGCUGGAUAUGACCAACGGCCAGCAGCAGCUGUUGCAUCUGUUUCUCAACACCAACAGCAUCAUCCGCAACAGCAGCAACAAAAUAACAUGGAUCUUAGUACCGGUUACAAAGCGUUCAGUGGUCAAUCCCCAUCCACUCUCAUGGAUCCUGCAUUACGUAAUCUAGCCUCACUAUCGUCUUUAUACCAGACGGACGAACGGUUGCUAGCUUCCGGUUCAUCAGCGGCUGGAUAUUACGAUAAAAGUAUACCGCCAGAUGCUCAUAUGUACGGAAAAAAUCUGUCAUCGGAUGCUUCUUCAACAAUCGGUUCGACCACAUCAUCUUCGGCCUUGCAGCAAAUGUUCAACACCUCGAUGGCUACAACAAUGGCGUACAAUGCGGCAGCACGCGACCAACAGGCAGCCUACGGAACAAACUACCAUCAUCAUCAGAGAAGCGAUUUAAUUGGUCAAGGGCAAAAAGUUCCACUGAACAUACCUUCGGUUGCAAAUCCCACAAUUGCAGCACCAGAGACGACCAAACCAAAAAGAGGUCGCAAGAAAAAAGAUACUCAAGACCUAUUACAACAGCAGCAGCAGCAACACCAGCAGAUGCAACAUCAACAGCAAGCUCAUCAGCAUCAGUCGCAGCAACAACAACAGCAGCAGCCGAACGCAGCUCAUCAAGGCUUCCAGUCGUAUUCUGGCCUGAAAACAACUCAACCAUCCAGUGCUUCCAAUAACCAAACGACAACACCAGCUGCAACUUCGAGCAUUGCAGGAGGUAAUGUUGCUUCAAACUCCUCGGAUCCUUCGCCAAUUUCGCUGAAAACGGCAAACGUUGUUCCAGGCAGUGCUUUCAACUUUGGACCUGGGCCUGCUGGUUUAGGUCUUCCGUCAAGCUUGUACGGUGAAAACUCUCCCUAUCUGGACGAAUUCCGCGCCAAUCCCAACCCAUAUCCCUAUCUUACCUCUAGUCACCCACGUGGCCCGUCCGGGUCUUCUUCCGCAUCCGGUGGGCCGUCGACCGACGGAUCCGAUAAGGUAGUUAAUGCCUCAGCCGCCACUGCCUCUGCUGCUGCAGCAGCAGUAGCCGUAGCCGCAGCAGCUGUUCACCAACCUCCUCCAUCAGCCGCUUCUCCAUAUCACCAGUUUCUGUCCCAUCCAUCGUCCCGCCCGUCGCCAUAUCCUUUUAUGAACCAGCUGGAACCGCUGCACCAGCAAUACAUCCGCCAGGAAGAACUGCGCGCCCAAAUGAUGCUGAAUCAAAGUCUAGGUUUGGGAGCUCCGGGGGCACAUGGGCCACCCCCAGGAGCGUAUGGACAACCUGGAGCCUACCAUCCGGCUCUUGGCAUUCAUAAACCCUACGAUGCAAUGAACUCGAUAAAUCGACCACCGUGGCUAUAACAAGAGCAAGAUGUCACCAACGCUACCUCGGUGGUGGUGACGGCCAGGACCGGUUCUACUACUGCACACGAAGACGUUAUGGCACCAGCAAAUAUCAAUCAAGAGUCUGCUAUUACUACUACUUCUACUACCGUAGAAGCACCCGAGCAAGCCCGGAACGAAUCUAUGGUUUGGGAAGCUCGCCGGAACCAUACCCACACCUUCUAGAUCGCGCAAUAUGUUAUCUCGUGAUGUUGAUUUUAAACAAAGUGAUUUUAAGUUUUAAAGUUUAUUUUUUUAAACUGCGACGUAGAUAUAUAUAAAAGUAUAUACAUAAAGUUUUUUUUUCGGUUUUUCGAAGAGCAGGAAACAAACUGGUUAGUUUUAGGAAAAGAGAUACGAUAUGUAUUUAAAGCAUAAUUAAGCUUAGGCACGGUGUUGUAGAUUGUAGAUACGAAUAAAGCAUACAACUGGACGUCUUUCAGUCGGUUUUUGUGUUGAGGAUAGACAACAUAAUGGCUAUGGCUGACGGCCGGAUUAUUUUGAAACUUGCAGUUGUGCUGGAUAUUUGAAACUGAACUCUGCACAUAUUCUUUCACGAUUUUGAAUGUUCCUCAUGGUAAAUAGGUAUGAAUAAUGGAAGAUUGCUCGCGAAUAGACUUCUUUAGAAGAAUCUUGUUGCUUGUUGGUAAACUUUGAAUACUAUGAGUGAAGCACACCAAUGAACGCUUUUGGCUAAGCAUGCAUUUUUAAUAUCAACUCAUCACAAUUUUUUUUAUACAGUGAUUUUGGUUUUGAAAUAAUCUUUCAAUAUUCGAUGUUCAAUUGUGUCGGCAGCAAAAUAGUAGAGACAUCUCAAUUGUCUUCUUGUUAAUUUAACGUGCAUAUCCAAAUAUCGAACUUUCAAUUAUUUAUCGUGCAAUACCCAAUUAAACGGUUUCUGUGUCAAACCUCAGUGCACUACCCUUUAGGGUGUAAAAAACCUUCAUAUAACCGACGAAUGAAUGUCACAGUGUAACCUUAGUGCUGUAACUGAAAAAGAUAUGCAAUUUCUUAAAGUUCAUUUUGCAUAACUAUAAGAUUUUUUCUCAAUAGAGUGCCAAAUGGCGUCCAAAAUUAGCUUCGUUAUUGUGUAAUGUUUUGUUGAAUGCCGUAAAUGAAUACAAAUUUAAAUGACCUUUUGUAAAUGUACUCUACAAAUAAAUUUAACUAGCCUUACCAGUACAAUAGACAGAAAUAUUAGUUAAGCUUAGUGUGCGCAAUAAAAGAGCAUCAAUUAAAGAUCUACGUUAUAUAUUUGUUGUCUAAAUCUUUGUACACUUGCUUCCACAAAGUGGUUUUGCUUAUAAGAGCAAUCAGUGUGUUUUAAUAGUAAUAGUACUAGUGAUACUUUUGAUUAAUAGUGCUGAGUACAUGAUAUACAACAAUGUAGAAUGUGGUCUAAUCACAUUAGCACACCAUUUUCGGCACAUUAUCGUUUGUUACAUGUUGUCUUUUGCUUUGUUUUUCUUCACAUAUAUUUGUAAACUCAAAUCUUAGAUUCGAGAAUCAGCUGUCGUAAAAUAACCGUAACUUGUGUACACUGUAAUUAUAAACGUUGAAUUUUGUUGGGUUAGAUUAGGUUUUAUGUUUUGCUUCUAACUAUGCAACUCAAUGAGAUUAAUCAAGAAGGAAUGAAGCGUAAAUAACGGUUUCAUUGCAUUGUUUUUGAAGCAGUGCUUUGGCUAAGGUGAAUCGCGUUUCACACUCUCUAAAUUGCUGCAUCUAGUUUUCAAACUUUCAUCAAGUCGGCUAAAGUAUAUAACCCUACUGACCCCAAUGACCAAUGAUGUUUGCGAGCCCGUAGAAAUCACGACAGCAGAGUGUCAAUAUGGUUUGACACAAUAGUUUAGACAUGUCCUCAUCGUGGUAUUUUGGCGGAACAUUAGUGACCUAUAUAGACCAAUUAGCAUUGCUGUUUGAAUGUUGCAUCUUAUGGUCCUAUUUAAAAUGCUUCAUUUGUGGAGCCGCACCAACAACUUUAAUAUCAGAAGAAAACUACUUUUCAUAAUAGUGUAAAUAAAACUAAUUUAAGCAAUCCCUUUAAACAGAAUCAAAAUACUGAAAGUGUGUAUAUAGAUAUAUUUUAGUUUCGCAUAUUUUAACAUGUGGUCACAGAUCAGCACCAUGUUAAAAGGUACGUGUUUUUAGGGUUAUAAGUCUUCUAUAGAGUUAUGAGAUAUCGUACAAUACCUGUAAAGUAAUUAGUUUAAUUGGGAACAUUAACCAGACAAAUGGAAAAAGUGGAUAAACACAUACAGAAAUGUUUACUUUAUAGUAGACCAUAAGAUAAAAAAAAGAAAAAAAAAACAUUCAAAUGCAAAAUUCUAUGUUUACAAACUUUGGAUAACAAAAAAAACAUGUUGAUUAAUAAUAUGUUUAGAGGAGUAAAUAAAUUAAACCGUAUACACAAUAAUCGAUUUAGUUUUAUAUAUAUUAUAAACCAUUUACUACAAAGGUAAAUCAAACAUAUAUUAUUACUGAUGAUGAAUACUGUUAUGAUAUGGAAUAAAGUGUGAAAGUAGUAGAAAAAUAUACAAAUAAAUUGUGAAUGAGACAAAUGUAAAAUGAAGAAUGAAGUAAAUAUAUUGAAAAACUGUAACAA